AAACAAUGUGUUAGUUACUAUUUAUAAAGAGAAUACAUCAUUUUCUAGCAUAUGCAGUGGGUUCUCAUUAAUUCCAAAUAAAGAAUAUAGACAUUUAAAAAAAUCAUAUCCGAUACAUUGUAGAUUCUAAAUAAUUAAAUCCCAAAGAAAAAAAAAAAAUUCAAUGCCAAUAGGAAGUAACAAGCUACUAAAUUCAAUUAUAAAUACGUGGCCAAACUCUCACAUUAAUAUCCCACAGAGCGCAAAAAAAAUGGAAGCAUUAAUUCCAUCUUGGGCAGUUGUAACCUUGAUAUGUGUAGCCACUCUUGCCUUUGUUUCCAAAACAUUUUUUCAAAAAAGCCAGAAUAGUUUAUAUCUCCCUCCAGGUCCUAAACCAUGGCCAAUCAUUGGCAACCUAAACCUCAUUGGUCCUCUUCCUCAUCAAUCCCUUCACAAACUCUCCCAAAUAUAUGGACCAAUUAUGCAACUCAAGUUCGGUUCCUUCCCGGUUGUGAUUGCUUCGUCGGCGGAAAUGGCGAAGCAGUUUCUUAAAACUCACGACCACGUAUUUGCCUCUAGGCCCCAAAUGGCAGCUGGAAAGUACACAACCUAUAACUACUCCAACAUCACUUGGGCACCGUAUGGGCCUUAUUGGAGGCAAGGUCGGAAAAUCUAUCUAUCCGAGCUUUUUAGCUCCAAAAGAUUGGAAUCCUACGAGUAUAUUCGCGUUGAGGAGAGGCUUGCUUUUCUCAAGCGACUUUACUUGUUGUCGGGGAAACCCAUCUUGCUGAAAGACCAACUCUCUCGAGUGACUCUCAGUAUUAUAAGCAGAAUUGUGUUGGGGAAGAAGUACUUCAGCGAGUCUAGUAAAUCGGAAAAGUCCAUAGUUACGCUUGAAGAAUUUCAGGAGAUGUUGGACGAGUUGUUCUUGCUUAAUGGGGUUUUGAACAUCGGGGAUUGGAUUCCUUGGCUCAAGUUCUUGGACUUGCAAGGAUACGAGAAGCGAAUGAAGGCUUUGAAGAAGAAGUUCGAUCGGUUUCAUGAUUAUGUGUUUGACGAACACAAGGCAAGGAAUCUGGAAAGAGGAGAGAACAGUAAUAUUAAGGAUUUGAAAACAAAGGACAUGGUGGAUUUACUGUUGCAAUUGGCCGAUGAUCCAGAUCUUGAAGUCAAGCUUACUUACAACAGCGUCAAGGGCUUCACUCAGGACUUGGUAGCCGGGGGCACAGAUACUUCUGCGACCACCGUGGAAUGGGCAAUGUCCGAACUCUUAAAGCAACCGAAUCUCAUAAAAAAGGCAAACGAAGAGCUUGAUAGAGUGAUCGGAAGAGAGAGAUGGGUGGAAGAGAAAGACAUCCCAAGACUUCCAUUCAUAGAAGCAAUCAUGAAAGAGACAAUGAGGAUACACCCAGUUGCAGUUAUGCUGGCACCUCAUCUGGCUCUCGACCACUGCAAUGUUGGCGGUUAUGAUAUUCGCAAAGGAACUAGGGUGUUUGUAAACACAUGGAGUAUUGGGAGAGACCCAUCAGUGUGGGAUUCGCCGGAAGAAUUUCGGCCCGAAAGGUUCUUAGGGAAGGCUAUUGACGUUAAGGGACAGAACUUUGAGCUUCUGCCAUUUGGCUCUGGGAGGAGGAUGUGCCCUGGUUAUAGCCUUGGACUGAAGAUGAUUCAGUCUAGCUUGGCUAAUAUGUUGCAUGGAUUCAAAUGGAAACUACCUGAUGAUAUGAAAGAAGAGGAUUUGAGUAUGGACGAAGUUUAUGGGUUGGCAACAAUACGUAAAUUUCCCCUUGUUGCAGUCACUGAGCCUCGACUCCCAGAUCAUCUUUAUCACAUGUAAUUGAAUGUGACUUAUAUAUAUGUUUGUGUAUGAUCAACUAGUGAGCUAGGCUUGUUUGCAAAAGAAAAUAAAGUUUUAGUUCUAUAUAUAUACAUAUUAUAUGCAUGGAUGCUUGGUGGUAUAGAACAUUAUUGGAUGAAACCCUGUCGUUUUAUUAUGUUAUGUAAAGAAGUGAAAUCUAAUGUUGGACAAGCCAAUCAAAUAUUAAUUAAUUAUUACAUCAUUUCCU